AUGAGCUUUUAAAUUAAACUUAGAAAAUUCUUGGAAAGGUUAGGGCUGAACUCAAUUUUAAUUGCAAAUUUAGUCUAGAAUAUAUGGAGAGCUUCAAUUAGUUUAUGGCUAACUUUGCCAAUAAAUUAUUUAGUAUUUAUUUUGGCAUUAACUUGUCUUUUAUUUAGAUGUUUAUAGCAAUUCUUAAUAAUGAAAGAAUAUGGAUAAAAAUAUUUGAUUCAUUUGGUGUCCUUAUUUUAUUAUAUUACAUAUUUUGAAUCUUGUUUAUAGAUUGAAAGGAAUCAACAUUUCUAAUUUUUUACAAAUAGUUUUCUGAUGAUAUUUGGUUAUAUGGAUUAUUUGAAAAUAGCAGUCUCUAAAUAUGUUUUGAUUUGUAAAUUAGGAAUACCAUUAUACUUUAUUGUUAGAUUAACAUAUUAAAUAAUUAAUGAUUUUAGGAUACAAGAUUUAGAAAGUUUAGUAUUGCUAUGUUUAAUGUUUUUCAAAUACAAGAUAAUAUUAUAAAUUUCUUUUGAUUAAAAAAUUGAUGAAAAAACUCAUAAAUAACAAUUAACAAUUAAAGAAGAAAGAGAAGUUAUACCUAUAAUUUAAAAUUAGUAGAUAUUUCCUUAAUUAAAAUAAUAAAAUAAAGCAUAAAAUUCCUAUUCUCCCUAACAUAAUCUAAGUGUAUUUUUAAUAGAUUUACCAAGUGAAAUGAAAUUAAUAUAAUACUCAAAUUUGACUAAUUUUUAAUAAAAACUAAAUAAGAGUUUUGAUAAAUCCGAUCAUUCUAUGAGUUCAUUUUAUCAAAAUCUACUUAAUAUUUUUCCACAAGGAAUUUUAAUUUUAAAUUCUUAAUUAUAAGUAAGUUACAUGAAUAAUAAAUGUGAAAAACUUUUAGAGUGUUAAGGUGCAGAAACAAUAUUAGAAAAGGUGAAAAAUUGUGUAAAUAAUGCCAAGAUUCGAGAUUUUUAAUUUGAUGAUUUCAAUGCUUUUUAAGCAAAAUAGCAAUAAAAACAAAUUCAUUAUAGAAUUCUAAAAGAAAUAAUAUGUAUUUUGAAAAAGUAAAAUAGAACAAUCGAUGUUUUAGAUAUAAUAAUGUAGCCAUAAAAAUAUUAAAGUAUUUUAGGAGCCAAUUCAGAUGCAAGUUUUGUAAUUAAUUAAUUAACUUUUAUGUCUUAAAUGUUUAGAUACGAAUGGCUAAUAUAAAGUGGGUUAAAACAUAAUAAUUCAUAGAAAAAACUGAAACUAAUUAUUAUACCAACUGCUAUGACUAAUCAAUAGUAAGAAUACUUCUAAUCUUAAUCUUAUAUUCAAAGUUCUAGUAAAGUUAAUUUUUAAGCAACUAAUGACGUUGAAAAUCCUGUAUUACUUAUAAUAAUAAAGAAUAUAACUAAUAAGCAUAAAUUUUAAUAAAUACGAGAUGAAUAAAUAAUUCAUCAUAGCCUUAUUAAAUCUUUUUCUCAUGAAUUAAGAACCCCUUUAAAUAGUUGUUAACACAUGUUAAACUUGAUGAAGUCAAUAAAAAGUGAAGAGGAAUUAUAAAAAUGCCUAACAAUUGCUGAAAAUUCGACUACUCUAUUGAUUCAUCAAAUAAACGACAUUUUAGAUUAUGCUGCAAUUUAAUCAUAUUAAUUUUCAUAUCAUAUAACAAAAUUUUCAAUAAAUGAAAUAGUAUAGGAAAUAGAACGAUUAUAUAAAGGGUAAAUGGAAUUUAAAAAUAUUGCAUUUAAAAAAAUAAUAUCCAAAAAUUUGGAAGAUUUAAUAAUAUGGAAUGACAAAUAGAGAUUAUUAUAAAUAUUAGUAAAUUUAUUAAAUAAUUCAAUAAAAUUUACAUAGGAAGGUGGUUGGAUUCAUUUAAGUAUAACAGAAAUAGCAUACUUAUAUAUUAAUGUAGAAGUUAAAGAUAAUGGGAUAGGAAUAGCUGAAGAUUAAUUACAUUUAAUAUAGAGUAGUUUAUAUGAUACUUUAGAAUUUGGUGCAAUUUUGAAAUAAAAUUCUGAAAUUAAGAAAAAAGGAUUUGGAUUGAGUAUUGUAGCAAAACUUAUAGAAGGGUUAAGUGAAUCAUACAAGAAUGAAUUAAUAAUAUAAUCAAUAAAAAAUUAAGGAACUCUGGUCUCAUUUCAUAUGGAAAAUCUACAUAGUUAAAAUGUCUAUUAACAAUCGUCUUAUUUAUUUACUCAAUAAACAGGGAAACCUAUUUAAUCAGAAAUAUUAUUUACAUUUAAUAAAAUAAAAUUAGAUGAUAAAGAAAUUGAUAUAGUAAAUAAUUCAUUUUCUAAAAUAAAAAAUUAGGAAGAAAUGUAUGAUUAAUAAUCAGAAAGUUAUAAAGCCACUUCAAGAUUGAAUGAUUUUGAAAUAAAAUAGGAAAUCAUGUUGCCUAUCAGUCCUGAAUAUUUUUUACAUAAAACUAGAUAGUCUUUUAGAUAUUUUUAAGAUUCAGAACCUUGUGGUAUUUAAAAAUAAAAAUUAAAAUAAAUUUGUUAAAUUUGUACUCAUGUAUUAGUUGUUGAUGAUAUACCUUUUAAUUAAUUAGCUCUUAAAAUGAUGCUUUAACAUUAUAACAUUCAAGCAGAUUCAGUAUUUGAUGGAUUUCAGGCAAUAGAAAAAGUUAAACUUAAAAUGUAAUAACAUUGUUAAAAUUAUCAAUUAAUUUUUAUGGAUAUUGAAAUGCCUGGAAUGGAUGGAUUUUAAACAAGCUAAAAAGUAUACUAAUUAAAAUUAUAUAUUAGAUUUUGAAUUUGACAUAAAAACAAUCUACUAUAGUUAUAUGUUCUGCUUAUGAUACCUAAGAAAAUUAUAUAAAAGGUUCUAAACUUGGUAUUGAUACAUUUCUACCAAAACCUGUUAAUUAAAAUUAAUUGGAAUUAAUUUUGAGGAUAAAAUUUGAUAUUAAAAGCAGAGAAAAUGAACAUUUUAUUUUUGUAUGA